GAUAACCUAGAUUUUUAAGAUAGUAAUAUUUCUUUUAUUAUUAAAUAAUUUAUUACAAGGUAAGUGCUUAAAUUAUAAUAAAGCUUUGAAGUUUUAGGAACAUCAAGAUGGUUUGGAAGUGUUGUGUGCCACAGUGCACAUCUAAGACAGCAAUACCAGUCCAUCGAUUCCCCAUGGAUCGCUGCAGAGCUGAACACUGGUUAACAAUCAUUGGCAAAACCGAAUUGAUCGGUGCGCCAAAAGAAGUGCUGGCAAAGUUGAGAAUUUGUACGGAACAUUUCUCUGAAGAGAUGGUAUUGCCUUAUGGUCCAAUACGACGUUUGUUGAACGAUAACGCAGUACCAUCAUUAAAAUUAAAUUCUUGUUAUGUAGAACAGAAUGUUCCUGUUAUUAAUAAUUUAGAAGAUCAUGUUCACUUAAUAGAAAAUGUUCUGAACAUCUCUAACUUUGUGCCAGUGCCCAUGAACAUGGGCGAAGAUGUAGAUAUAUCAAGAAAUACCAAUAAUGAAGGACUGAAAAGAAAAUUAAGGAUCCAAAGGAAGAUGCUGCAUAAGAAGAAAAACAUAAUUAGAAGACAACGUCAAGAAAUCCACAGGAUCCGUCGAAGGAAUAAGUGGGAAGACGUAAUGGAGGACAUGACAACAACGCAGAAAUUAUUCUUCGAAAUGCUGAUGAUAAACGCCAAACAUGCACCACAGGAGCAUAUGUUGCAUACUGCAGAAACCAGUAAUAUAGUUUCAAAAAAAGAACAAGCAACCCAUGUGAUAUGUAAUAUUGAUAAAGACGAAACUGUACAAUAUGGUCAUCGCUAUGGCAGCCAACAGAAGGCCCUGAUGUUGACGCUGUAUAAAACGAUGGGAAAGCGCGCGUAUUCUUAUUUACGUCAAAUUUUUUCACAUAUGCCAUCUAUUCAAACGUUGCAUUUAGCGCUUCAGAAAAUACCAGUCUCCGCAGGUUUGAACACUUUUAUUUUGAGACACUUGGAAUCUAUAGCUCCAAAGAUGUCAGUGAAAAAUAAAGUGUGCAUUCUUAUGUGGGACGAGGUAUCUAUUCAACUCAAGAUCACAUAUGAUAACCGUAAGGAUAUCAUAUGUGGACUUGAGGAUUGGGGCAAUAAUCGCACCGGAAAGAUGGCUGAUCACGUUUUGGUAUUUAUGCUUCACGGAUUAUACACGGGCUGGAAGAUGCCCAUUUCUUAUAAUUUUUGUUGCAAACAAACAAAUACAGCGCAAUUAGUACGUUGUAUUAAAGAACAUGUUUCCAAAAUUAACGAUCUAGGCUUUCACAUCGUUGCAACAGUUUGUGACCAGGGAUCUUCGAACAUGGCUACAAUAAAGGAACUGCUACUGCGUACGGACAUGAAACGCAAGUCUUCUGAAAGAACUCAGAGUCAAACGUUUGAAGUGGGGCAAUAUGUAAUUGUUCCCUUAUAUGACGGACCACAUCUCAUCAAAGGCGUGAGGAAUAACUUAUUAACAAAGGACUUAGCGAUGAGCUGCGAGAAUGGCGUAUCAGCGAAAAUUGCAUCGUGGGACAUAAUUAAGACUGCGUGGAUUAUGGACAGAGAAACACACAAAAUUCGACCGCAAUUAAAAAAAAUUAAAUGUGAGUACAUUAUGGAGGAUAAAAUUAAGAAAAUGCGUGUGAAAUAUGCCGUUCAAGUGUUAAGUGGUACAAUGGUGUUGUUCGCCACGAAGACAAGGACUUAA